AUGUAUCGUUAUUUCAAGAAAGUUUCUCCUGUUGCCGAGGUCUCAUCUUCGUCAGUGAAUGAACCUCCACUUCUCCAACCACAAGAGUUACCGAUUGAAGACAAAGAUAAAGUCGAUUUAGAGGAUGAACCCGCACUUCUUCAAUCUCAAGAGUUACCAAAUGACGACAAUGAUAAAGUUGAUUUGGAGAAGCUUCCAAUGUUUCAAAGGAAGCUGCUUACUGCUUAUAUUGCUAUCUUUUCUCAAGACUUCACGGAAAUGGGCAACAUGCCUUUCGAUGAGAUAUCUAGUGUUGUACUAAAAAAUGCUCCUGACAAUCUCAAACUAUCAUCACCGAGAAUUCAAAAAGACAUCAUAAAUGCAUUUGCUGUUGAGACAACAAAAGUCAUUGUACAAGAUAUGGGAAAUGAUUUUUUCUCCAUAUUAGUUGAUGAGUGUCGAGAUAUAUCUGUCAAAGAGCAAGUGGGUGUUGUGGUGCGAUAUGUGGACAAGAAUGGAUGUGUUAUGGAACGUUUUCUUGGUGUGGUGCAUGUUAGUGACACGGUUGCGACCUCACUGGAGAAGGAACUUGAUUCUUUGUUAUCUACUUAUGAUUUAAGUGUAUCUAGUUUGAGAGGACAAGGAUAUGAUGGUGCAAGCAACAUGAGAGGAGAAUUCAAUGUGUUGAAAAGUUUGAUACUUAGGAGAAAUCCCUGUGCUUAUUAUGUAUAUUGUUUUUCUCACCAGCUUCAACUCACAAUUGUCGUUGUUGCCAAAAAGCAUACAAGUAUUGGUUCUUUUUAUAAUACUAUCAACCGUUUGUGUAAUGUUAUUGGAAGUUCUUGUAAGCGCAGAGAUAUACUUAGAGAAAAGCAGAGAGAGAAAAUUUUAGAGCGGAUUGCAAGUGAUGAAAUUCAUACCGGGAGAGGAUUGAAUCAAGAGAUGGCGUUAAAGCGGCCUGGAGAUACUCGUUGGAGUUCACAUUAUGGUACUCUUAUCAACUUGAUGCAAUUUUUUUCUUCUAUUAAUGAUGUUUUUGUAUAUGUGGGGGAGAAUGCUCAUGAGUAUCCACAUAGGGCUGAAGCUAAUGAUGUGUCAGCAAUAAUUAAUCUCUUUGAGUUUGUCUUUGUAUUACAUCAAAAAGGAUCAAGAAUUGUCAAUGCAAUGAAUCUUGUCAAGGUAGCCAAAGCACGUUUGCAAAUGUUGAGGGAAGAAGGUUGGGAGGGUUUACUUAAUGAAGUUUCUGAGUUCUGUAACAAAUAUGAGAUAAAUGUUCUUGACAUGGAAGAUGAGUUUGUGCCUCGAGGAAAAGUAAACCGUAGAGCUGAAAAAAGGAAGAAUCUCCACUAUUAUCGAGUUGGGAUAUUUUGUUUUGUGAUUAACAUGCAAGCUCAAGAGUUAAACCAUCUUUUUGGUGAAAUUAACACAGACUUACUUUCAUGUAUGGCAUGUUUUGAUCAUAGAGAUUCAUUUUCUGCGUUUGAUUUGGAGAAGCUGCUUCGUCUUGCUAGUUAUUAUCCAUCAGAAUUUUCUGGAGUUGCUUUGAAAGAGCUUGAAAAUCAACUUGAAAGCUUUAUUUAUGAUGUGCGGAUAGAUGAAAAUUUUUCACAAGUAUUUGGGAUUGGUGGUCUUGCUAAGAAGAUGGUUUCUACAAGAAAGCUUGAAAAUUUUCCAUUGGUUUAUUUGUUAGUCAAGUUGUCAUUGAUCUCGCCGGUUGCUACUGCCUCAGUGGAAAGAGCUUUUUCAGCAAUGAAGAUCAUCAAGAGUACUCUACGUAAUAGUAUGGGAGAUCAACUGUUACAUGAUUGCUUAGUUCCUUACAUUGAAAAGGAUGUCUUUGUUCAUGUUAGUAAUGAAACUAUUAUGCAGCGAUUUCAGAAGAUGAAAAAUAGAAGAGAAAUGUUAUGA